AUAUGUCAGGGUGGAACCGUGCAAGGUAAGAACUAACUAUAUAUAUCCUAUCACGGUGAUUCAUUACAUUUAAAAUGUUCAAGCUCUUUCUUUGAUCUAAGAAGCACCUGUGCUAGGGAUAACAAUAUCAAACGUUAACGGCCACUGCGCAGCCCUGGUCCUGUCAUCGAUUAUUAGUUGUAUUAUCGAUAACACCGGUCAUGGCAAUGUUCACAACGCUGCACAGCGAAGAUACGGAAUACUCGGCGGAUUCCGUCGAGUGGCUGCCCCAAGAUGGCCUCGAGUCUGGAUACUUUGCGUGUGGCACCUACCAGCUUGUCCAGGCGGAAGGAGAGGCUACUGAGGAGGAGACAGGACCGCGUCCCCGCAAGGGCCGUGUGUACUUGUAUCACUUCGGGGAGGCCAACAAUACUACCUUGGAGCGACUGCAAUGCAUUGAAACGGCUGCCAUACUGGACAUGAAGUGGUUGCCAGCCUUGAGCAGCGACAGUGGACCCCAGCUGGCCACCGUUAGCUCCGUGGGUGAACUAGAAGUCUACGAGUUUGAUGCUGCUGAAAAGAAGCUCGGAAAACGCACAUGUCUGUCGAUCAAGGUGGCGGAGGGAGAGAGGGAGGAGCAACCACUGGCCCUGGCACUGGAUUGGCGGCAGCUAGAAGGAGAAAAUCAGGUUCAACUGGCCAUUUCCGAUUCCAAGGGCGGCCUGAAUCUCCUUACUUACUCAGCCGGCGGUGGGCUAACGCGUCAGCGAUCCUGGCCCGCUCACGGCUUCGAAGCCUGGACGUGUGCCUUUGACCGCUGGUCCCCACAUCUCCUGUACAGCGGUGGCGACGAUAUGCUCCUGCUGGCCCACGAUCUGCGCACGGAACAACGGGCCUGGACAAAUCGUGCCCACAUGGCGGGCGUCACCUGUCUACUGAGUCAUCCGGGGCACGAGCAUCACCUGCUCACCGGCAGCUAUGACGAGCAGCUGCGCUUGUUCGACACCCGCUCCAUGAAGCGAACGCUGGCCGAGCAGGACCUGGGCGGAGGUAUCUGGCGGCUGAAACCGCAUCGCGCUCGUCCUGAUCUCAUCCUGGCCGCCUGCAUGUACACAAACUUUAGCGUGGUGCAGCUGGAUGCCAAGGAGCCGGCGCUGCGGUGGCUGGGUGCCUAUGAGGAGCACAAAAGCAUCUGCUAUGGCGCCGACUGGGCGCCCAGUGGACCAGGAGACAGCGAUGGACCGCUCGUCAUGGCCACCUGCUCCUUUUACGACCACAAACUGUGCGUCAGUCGCGUGGAGAUUAGCCAAUAAAACUGCUUUUAGUUACAUUUGUUUUUGUACGGAAAAUAAAUUUAUAGUUGUUUAAA